AUGUCAUCCAGGAAAGCCAAAUCCGGAUCCAGCAAGAAGACGGUCGAUAAGGUCACCCCAGGUGGUGACGCGGCAGUUGACGGUCACAACGUCCAAGCGACUACGACUGAGCUGCAGAAGGACGAAACGGCGAUUAAAGUGUUUGUCCAUCCUCCCCCUAGCGAACAGGUAAAUGAUAAAGUUACCAAUGAAUCCAACCGGCCGGGAGCAAAUCCUAAGGAAAAGGAUACCGCCGAGAAAAAUAAAACGAACGUAGUCAAACGUAAUCCGUUCCGCCGCGUACGAAAGAAUCGGGUCGGUCAUUGUCAAGUGUGUGAUGAGCGUGAUAAUAGUCGAAUGGUUCAGUGUGACGGUUGCAAUGAGUGGUAUCAUUUCUCGUGUGUAGAAGUGUCAGAAGGGAUUGCUGACGUGAGCUGGAUCUGCAUGAACUGCGAACACGCAAAGGAUCUAACCCCUUCCCCUCUGCAUACCCCCAACGUAAGCAGUACCACAUCCACUGUACGGUCAAAGAGCAAGGCAAGCAGCAUCGAAAGUCAGGCCAAACGGAGACAAGCUUUGGAACUACAAUGGUUAGAGGAGGAAAAGGAGUUGGAACGACGAUAUUUAGAACUCAAGUACAAGAUUCUGUUAGAGGGCGGUAGCGACUGCUCGUCGAUUGUUAGUGAACCCCAAUCAGUAUCAAUGUCGAAGGUGAAGAAGUGGAUAGACGACACGGAUGGAUACGGCGAGAAGGUUGACUGCGGAUCUGAAGCCGAGGAACUAGAGAAACGUCCACCGAGGAACUCGACUGCGUCUAUAGAGCACCAUGCUCCAGUUCCAGAUCAGCAGCGUGCGACUCAAGUUAAUAUCCAACUCCGACGACCCCCACAACGUGUUUCCGGCCAACAAGAGACUCGGCCAAUCUUCGGCAGCUCCCAUAUGCGACAAUCAGUCGCUCUCGCACCGGAGGCUGGAUCAUGGGUCGAAGCGAAUGCGUUUGUACCAGGUCAGCGUUCCACCCCCGUUGGACGAUCAUCCCUCCCAGCGCAUGGGCUCAGUGACGACACGGCUUGUGUGUUGAAUCGAAGUCAAAUCGCCGCACGCCAGGCAGUUUCGAAGGAUUUGCCGGACUUCAGUGGUAAUCCGGAAGAUUGGUCGCUGUUCUUCUCGAUGUUUAACUCGUCGACUCAGAUGUGCGGAUUCUCCAAUGAGGAAAAUAUGUUACGGUUGCGUAAGUGCUUGAAAGGAAGAGCAUUGGAAGCAGUAAGAUGUCGCCUGCUCCACCCAUCGAACGUUGCGGGAGUCCUUUCAACUCUCAAGAUGCUCUAUGGACGCCCGGAAGCAAUCGUGCAGGCGGUUAUCAAGAAGAUACGAUCAUUGCCGUCACCGAGCAUAGAGAAGUUGGAGACAGUGGUGAACUUCGCGCUGACAGUUGAGAAUUUGGUCGCUACCAUUCAAGCGUGUGAGGUUAGUGACUUCGUCUACAAUGCAUCGCUGCGAUACGAGUUAGUAGGGAGGUUGCCACCAACGUUGAAGCUGAGCUGGGCCAGGUUCUCAAGGAACAACCCCACUCCGAACCUAUUGGAUUUCAGUACGUGGCUGUACGAGACAGCAGAGGAUGUUCACUCGGAAAUAGACUCUAAGGAUUCGAAAACAGCCAACUCUCCACAGCAACCAAUCAUCGUUGACAUCAAGAAGUGUGUGGCGUGCAAAGGGGAUUGUACGAUGCUGGCCAAAUGCAAACAGUUCGUGGCCUUAAGCUACGAUUCGAAGUGGGCGACAGUAAGAACUUACAAACUUUGUCGCAAAUGCCUGCGUAAGCACAACGGGUCAUGUAAACAAGAAAAACCAUGCGGAACAAACGGCUGUACAUAUCUGCACCAUCCUCUGCUUCACAGUUACGAAAACCCUCGAUCUCCUACAGCAGCCGCCGUUUACGAGAAAAGCUGCAACGUGCACCAAGUGCAGUCGGAGAUCUUGUUCAGAGUAGUUCCGGUCACUUUAUACGGUCCAUCGAAGGCAAUUCGAACCUACGCAUUCCUGGACGACGGCUCAGAACUCACGCUUCUAGAACAGAGUUUAGCAGACGAGCUCGGGUUGAAGGGACCAAAGAAUCCACUGUGCCUGAAGUGGACAGGCGAAACCACCAAGAUCGAAAACAAGUCACAAAACGUUAGUCUUCAAAUCUCCAGCGUAACGAACCCGAUCAAAAGGUAUGACCUAUCCAGUGUACGAACGAUUGGAAACUUGCAGAUCCGACCACAGACUCUCCUUACCGCGGAGUUGAAGCAGAGAUACCAGCACCUCAUGGGACUACCGAUUGAGUCGUAUAACGAGGCCAAUCCGCGAAUCCUAAUCGGUCUGGAUAAUGCCAGUCUCGGAUAUGCAAUGAAGAGUCGCGAAGGACAGUUAAAUGAGCCGAUUGCAAUCAAAACACGUCUCGGCUGGAUUGUUUUCGGCAGUUGUGUGGGAGAGAAGAAUGCAGGGCACUACGUAAACUAUCAUGCGCUACAGAUUUGCCAGUGCAACAGAGAGACCAGUGAAGAUCUUCACGAACUCGUCAAAGGUUAUUUUGCCCUCGACAGCUUGGGCAUAUCUAAGCAAAGUAAACUACUUCUGUCACACGAGGACCAACGAGCACAGUCAAUGCUGGAAUCACUCACUCGGCCCGUAGACAGCCGUUUCGAAUCCGGGCUUCUAUGGAAGUACGAUUCGGUCCGACUUCCGGAUAGUGCAGCGAUGGCACUGCGAAGAUGGCGAUGCCUAGAUAACCGCAUGAAGAAGGAUCCACUUCUGGCGGGAGAAUUGAACGCGAAAAUCCAGGAUCAUAUCAACAAAGGCUACAUUCGCAAGUUGUCCGCGGAAGAGCUGGAAGUAAACCGCUCACGAGUUUGGUACCUUCCGAUAUUUCCAAUCGUCAAUCCGAACAAGCCGGGCAAAACGAGACUCGUAUGGGAUGCAGCUGCCACCGCCUUUGGAGUUUCACUCAACUCAGUUCUGUUAAAAGGCCCAGACCAACUGUCAUCUCUUCUAUCUGUUCUGAUCCAGUUCCGGGAGUUUCGGACAGCGGUAUGCGGCGACAUCCGUGAGAUGUACCACCAAGUAAGGAUGCGGGAGGACGACCAGCAUUGCCAACGCUUCUUCUGGAAGGCCUGCGAGACAGAUAUCGACCCUAGCGUCUACGUAGUGCAGGUAAUGACGUUCGGCGCAUGCUGCUCGCCGAGUACGGCACAAUACGUAAAAAAUUACAAUGCAAAGAGAUUCGAACAAGAACACCCAGAAGCAGUUCACGCAAUCGUAAAGCAACACUACGUUGACGAUAUGCUUCUGAGUGUGGAAUCUGAGGAGGAAGCAAUACAAGUGGUUCGAGAAGUACAGACAGUGCACAGAUCAGCAGGCUUCGAAAUGCGGAACUGGAUCUCCAACUCACCCAAAGUUGUGGCAGCUAUGAGCGAAACAGGCUCCGAUGAGAAAAGCCUCAGUAUCGGCGACAAACACGUGUCAGAACGGGUUCUCGGAAUGUGGUGGAACACCUCAACAGACUGCUUCACAUAUAAAAUGUCACCGCGGUACGAGCACUAA